AUGGCAAACUUCAAGGGCCAUGCUCUCCCAGGGAGUUUCUUCCUGUUAGUUGGACUGUGGUGGUCGGUGAAGUACCCACUGAAGUACUUUCACCAAAAGGGGAAGAACUGCCAGCUGAACCGUAAUUAUUCACGUAUCGAGAUAAUUGAAGCAGCAGUCAGGACUUUGUUUCCAGUCAUUGGGAUCCUGGCAGAGCAGCUUGUUCCAGAUGGGCCCCAGUUCCACUUGUACUCAGAAGAUCAAUGGGUGAAGAUGAUGAACUGGCAGCACAGCACCAUGUACCUGUUCUUUGCAGCCUCAGGAAUCACUGAUAUGCUCACCUAUCUCGUCACCUACAUUCCCCUGGGGGUGGACAGAUUGAUGAUGGCCGUGGCAGCAUUCGCUGAAGGUUUUCUCUUCUACUACCACGUUCAUAACCGACCACCGCUGGACCAGCACAUCCACUCCCUCCUGCUGUUCGCUGUGUUUGGUGGGGCCAUCAGUACCUUCCUAGAGGUGAUCCUUCGGGACAAUAUUGUGCUGGAACUUUUCCGGACCAGUCUCGUUAUUCUUCAGGGCACCUGGUUCUGGCAGAUUGGGUUUGUGCUGUUCCCGCCUUUUGGAACGCCUGAAUGGGACCAGAAAGAUCAUGAAAAUAUCAUGUUCAUCACCAUGUGUUACUCCUGGCACUACCUGGUUGCUGUCUGCAUUGUGGCCAUCAACUACUCGCUCGUUUACUGCCUUCUGACUCGGCUGAAGAGACACAGAGACGGAGAAACCAUUGGGAUCCAGCAGCUGAAGUCCUGUCACACUUACCACACUGCCCUCCUGAACGGCUCCGAUGAGGAAUGAGAUGAGGGCAUCAGCGGGGGUGAUGCCAAACUGCCUGUGUGGGCGUGUACCCUGCAGACAGACAGCAAGCUUCGUUUGUGUCCCAGUGUGAAGAGAGAUCAGACUCUUGGCGUUUUAGAGCAGGAAAUGGCCUCAUGGAUGAACUCAGGGUAUGAAUCCAGCAGCAGAAUUUACUGCUUCUGGUAACUUCCUUCUCUCAAGAAGCAAGUACUUUCUUAUCAGAAAGACAUUAGAAUGUUAAAAGUGAAUGACAGUACUUUCAUUUUAUAGAUAAAAUUCUAACUUACUAUUUUUAAAAGUGGAAUAAUUCACAAGCUUUGGUAUUUUAAAUAUUACUUGCUAAACAUGUCUGAACUAAUCAUCAUAAUUAUAAUAUACCAAAGGACUGCACUACCAUUGUUGAUAAGUCAUGAAAUCAGGCUGAGGGUGACUGUUUAAAGUCAGCUGAGCUGGAACUCAGAUGUUCUGACUCCCCCAAGGUGCCCCAGUGGAGGAUGCUGACAGGAGUGUGUUAAUGAGGAGAGAGAAAACUGUCAGGUUAUGAAGACCUUGACUCUGAUACAGAUGAUGGACAUACAGCAGGAAUCCUGGACAUGUGAUACAAAGUCUUGACACUGUAGUCUUGGCUCUGGAUCUGUUCUUUUUUUUUUUUGUUAACCUCCUUCAACAAACGUUUAUUAAACAUCCCCUCUGC